UGUCCUUCUCACAAGUGCUAAAUAAAACGCAAAAUAGUGCUCAAACGGUGAUGAGUGUUGAUAAAUUACAUUGAGCAUGCUAAAUAAUUAUAUUUGCAUUUUCUCCAAGUAUUGUAGUGGUUUUGAUGAUCAGCAUAUAUUCUGCAUAUCAAUGAAGACAGACGCAAAAUGGAUUGCACGCCUUAUUCAGCUCAAUUAACAGACACAAUCCACUUUGCACACGUUUAGUCAAUCAGCUUUGGGUGUGCUAUCAAGUUUGCACGUGUUUUAGUGCACGCAAACUUUUAGUAAAUCAGGCACUUAGUGUGCAGUUCCAAUCACUCGUGCACGGCCAGACAGACUUUUUAAAAAAGCGAAAAAAUAACCUUCUGACUUUCUUCUGCCCGCUUGUCAACUUUUUUCUUAAGAAGAAAAAUCGUCAAGUUUUAUUCUCGCAAGGUCUCGUGAUACAAGAUCUGAUCAACCCCCUAGUUGAUACACUUUUAAAUGGUUGGCGCUUAGUCAGACUGACUUACACUUAGGCCAUAACGCGGUAUGCUCAAGUAUUUCAACCAAGCCAGCCAGCUGACAAUGGAGGGAAGAUUGACCAGCAAGCCUGCAAAGAUCUAAAAGGACACAUUCAAGGUAAUGGUCAUGAAGAUGUUGGCGAUGGCCACCACAGUCUGGUCAGCAGAGAUGGCCAGCGCCAUGGCGGUCCCCGUGUAGGACACCAGAGUCACAGUAAACAUGAAGAGGAAGAAGGCCUCCACUGUCGGCUUCAGACCUGCAGACCUUACCCACCCCGCCUUACCCGGGAGUCUGCCACGCGGCCCAGCCCAAGUUCCUGGAUCAGUUUGUCCACUUUCUGAUCUUUUUCCACCUGAGAGAUACUGGACGGAAGACGAAGCGCUGCAGAGAAGCUGAAAUUCUCUCUGACCGUCAGGGUCCCCAUCACAACGUCAUCCUGUUUUCCGCAGUCAAAUUCACCUGCACUACGUAUCCCGACAGACAUUUGAAGUUUGGCGGCUGAAGAGCCCCGUCGAUGAGGACUUCACCCGACAAUCCCGAAGGGUCUUUCCUGGCAGCCAAAACAUCCAAAAACGAUGACUUGCCACUUCCGGUUGCUCCCAUGAUGGCGUUGAGCCCCGGCUUCAUGAUUCCACUGCAAAGGCAAAAAACAUGUAAGAUUAAAAGGAAGAAAACUAAAAGAAGGCAACUGCUGAAAUCCAGGAAGAAAACUAAAAGAAGGCAACUGCUGAAACUUCUCCGGGUUGAGCGUGUCAACCUUGUCCUAGCGUGCUUCUGGACACACGUCAAAGUGGCGGGCUUUUUGGUUGAGCAGUGCAGGGGGGAAGGCAUAUGUAGGAGCACAGGUGAGCCAAAAGAGGAAGGACUCGGGUGUGGGAGCACAAACCGUUCUUACCAGCAGCAGACAGCAGCAGACAACAGCAGACAACAGCAAACCACAGCAGACAACAGCAACAGGCAGGACAACAUAUAACACCAUAUCACUGCAAUAAUCCCUGGUGAAGAUUGCCAUUACAUUCAAGUAAGAACGUUGCUCUUCGAGUGAAAAGGACAACAAGAAGAACACCGAAGGACAUCAAAAAGCCGCAAGAGGACAAACUGUGCCACGGCCACGCUGCUGCUCAUCAGCCAGGGUGAUUGGAAACACCUGCCAGCUCUAUAGGGUGUCAGCCGGCGCUGCUUAUUCGGUCCAGGGAUGUGAAAGAAGGUGUCUAGAUGUUGCCGGAAAGAGACGUUUGAGGAAAACGCCUUCCCUUUCCAUCAGCACGUACGCGCCGGAUCCAAGACUACAACCGCUUGGGAGCAAACAUGUGGGAGGAGAACUUUGAUACGGAGCAUGACGUCGGCCAGAAGCUCGACUACUCGCCCGUACCGUGGCAAGAGUACUUCGAUCAGAUGGAGGACGUAAACGUGGGCCAGGCCGACAGCCGAGACAUCUUCCGGGUUUACAAAGCGGGACACGAGGGGCCCCUGCUCGUUCUUCUGCAUGGGGGAGGACACUCGGCCUUGUCCUGGGCAGUCUUCACUACCGCCAUCGCUGCCAGAGUGUGCUGCCGGGUGCUUGCCAUGGACCUCAGGGGUCACGGUGACACUCUGGUCCGCCAAUCAGAUGACUUCUCCACUCAAACCAUGUCCAGCGACAUUGCCAACGUGGUCAGAGCAUGCUAUGGCGAGACUCCUCCCCCCAUUGUCCUGAUUGGCCACGGGGUCGGCGGGGCGAUUGCAGUGCACACAUCCGGCAAUGAGCUGUUGCCAACCACUGUGGGACUGGUGGCCAUCGAUGUUGUCGAGGGAAGUGCAAUGGAGGCGCUUCACAGCAUACAGAAUUUCCUGAAAGGAAGACCCAAGUCCUUCAAGUCUAUGGACCACGCCAUCGAGUGGAGUGUCAAGAGCGGGCAAAUCCGGAAUCUGGAAUCUGCUAGAGUGUCGAUGGUUGGUCAAAUCAAAAGGUGUGAGGUAGAGGAGACUGACUCUCUGGAGCAGGCCAGCCCAGUGAGCGAUGUGGUGGUCGAAUGCAACGAGGAGUUCUACGACCAAAGCUAUGAUAAAGACAACGCCGCCACGGAGGUGAGCCUCAGCGAAGGCCAGAGUGUCUACAGAUGGCGCAUAGACCUGUCGAAGUCGGAGAAAUACUGGGACGGCUGGUUUCGGGGAACGUCCAACCUCUUUUUGUCCUGCAACCUGCCAAAGCUUCUCCUCCUGGCUGGAAUCGACCGGCUUGACCGUGACCUGACCAUAGGCCAGAUCCAAGGUAAAUUCAUGAUGCAGGUGCUGCCCCCCUGUGGUCAUGCAGUGCAAGAAGACAAACCAGAUAAAGUUGCUGACGCCGUGGCCUCCUUCCUGUUACGGCACAAGUUUGCAGAAGCCAGAAGAGAAAUUAGCUCAAACUCUUUUACGGAAUGAGGUCCACAUGUAAGUUAUCUUUUCUCAUAUGUAAAGAUAUGAUGUUCAUAUGAAACCACGUGUAGAUUGUUAUAGGGUCAGUGUUUAGGUGAAUGCAUACCUGAGUUAGGGGACUCGACUCCC